AAAAUAUUUUUUAUUAGCAUCGUCCAUAAAAUUCGCAACAUAAUCCUUAUAAAACGAAAGUGGAUGAAUUUUGAUAAAUGAUAUCACGAAAUCGCCAAGUUAUUUCCCCUACUGACAGGUGCGCGGAGUUUAACACCCGGUAAUCAUAUAGUUAUAAUCCGUCGGACAGAACAAAUCCUGUCGUGCACAUGGUAAACCUCCUCAAUUAAUCUCAAAAAAAUAUAAUUAAAUUUGAAUUUAUUCUUCCUCGACGCUCAACUAUUGUAUCAUUAACACUAUGUGACACGAAGGAAAAGAACUUUAGAAUCUUUAAAGCUGUUAGAGCUGGCUGUAAUUUAAACAUUUAAAUUUCUCCUAUUAAACGGGUAACGUUGCGAGUAUUUUUCUUUUCACUGCAUUGUAAAUCACCUCGUGCCUAACCCUGUACUGAGAGAGGAGGGUUUAAAGUCUUUGUGUUUGUUUUGUGUAUAAUCGUUAGAAUUGCAGUCUCUUGGAAGCAAGCCUACAACCUCUGUGGAUUAAGACACAAAAGGAUCCAUUUAUCUCCUAAUUUGGGACGUUUCCGGUUUGUAACCGGGGUAACCAUUCACUCCGAAUUGGCCGGAAAUACACGGACUUUCUCUUUUUUCUUUUUGAUGUGAGAUUUCGGACAUAAGUAAUUUUUCGACAGCGGUUUGGACUGUAAAAAUCAAAAUGCCUGGAGAAAGGAGGCCAUAUACUUCUUUAGACGGCUAUGACGUAUACCCAUCAGACAUCUACCAGACAAAUGACUUCGAUGAUGGAGCUAUGUAUCCUCCCGCCGCUGAUGGUCCAUUCACUGGGCGAUACACUCCAAUGAAAGAGGGACGAGGCACACCCCUAAGGAGAUCCAACACAGUGGUCCUGGGCUCUCGGCCAAACUCCAGGGUUAACCUCGGCACACAGGAUGAUACCCAAAGGACGGAUUCCAGAUUAUUCUAUCCCGACAUAAACAACCGCCUACAGACGCCCGCUCCACCCGCCCCUCCCACUCCCCAACCAAUCAGAAGGGAGAGGACAUUUGGCGGCUUUUCUCAGAGUGACAAUGAAAUGGACCCCUUCACCAAACAGUACUAUACCAGAAUGUGGAAACAGGGCAUGUCCCCCAACAACCUAAAUCUAUACAGAAUGGGGCGGGCAGGAGGACGGUGGAGACACAUUACGUCAUGUACAGCUAGUUCCGGUAGUCAUAUGGCUUUUGUAGAGGGUACGGUAAAACAAGUCGACAAUCGUAUAGUAUUGCCUCGGCAAAUGGAACCCGCUAAAAUCUCAGUACCCCAGACCAUCAACAGAGUACCUUCCAGUAAGAAAGUGAGGAAACUGAACACGACCUACAACCAACACGCUAGGAAUGGCUUCAAGUACUGGUACCAGGAGCAGAAUAAACCCAUGGAUCGCUUGGAGCUGAGCGUGUAUUACUAGGUCCAUCAGGUAGUACUGUAGACUUUUAACUUAGAACUGAUUCUGGUGUCAAAACCACGUAGUCUCAAUUGUAUCUAGAAUAUCCAUAGAACUCUUGUAUUUCUAUACAUUUUAAAAUAUCUGCACAUUUCUACGCAAAAUUCUAUAAUAUACUUCCUUUAUAUUCUUGAUACCGAUCUUGAAAACAGCACUGCACCCGACGUCUCUCCAGGGUCUGCUAGUGCAAACAUUUCUCUGCUUUUAACGUAUUUAUGAUGCAUUAACCUUCAUUUAGUAAUCAAUAUUUGAUAUUCAAGUUGAUAUGAAAUCAAUUCAUGAUCAUUAAGCUGAAAGGUUAUUUUACACGAAUAAUCGUUUCCAAGGUUUUUGUAAAUAUCAAUGGGCCAUAAAUGUUGUAACAGCCUACAAAAACGGAGUAGCUUAACCUGGAAAACAAAUAUAAUUGCAAGCGUUUUUAUCCUAUGCAGACUACAUCUGUUAUUUACCUCGAUUCUAUCUUGGAUCACAUUGCCAGUUCUUUUAUUUUUAUUUUAUCCUAUCCAGUUUACAUUCGUUAUUUACCGCGGGACUCUAAUAUGGAUCACACCCUUUGGGACACUAUGGUUAGCGACAGCAAAGUUUCGGUAAAUCUUGCAGAUACAAUGUAUUUGAUCAGACAGGAUGCCAGUUACCAGCUCUUUAUUUUAAAUGAAUAAUCUUUUGAAAAUGACACAAAAACCGAUAUGCUGACAAUAAACAUAUGCUUUUAUGUAAAACAUGGUGGGGUUGUUUACACAGUUCUGUUAAAUCUCAGGCUAUGUAUACGACUAUGAACCAAGUAUUUGGGAGGAUUUGGAUAGUGAUUAAGGUAACAAUAUAAAGCCCUAACAGUCAAUAUGAAUUUAAUCUUUCCUACAUUACCUCAAAAGCUAUCAUGUGUUUUUGGUGUUUUUUUGCAAGAUGUCAAAAACAUUGUGAAUUUAUGUACAUCCCUUUCCCAUUACUGAAUACCAUGGUAGAUAUUACCUCUGUGAACUCCCCGUACACCAUCCUUUAUCUGUGGUCACUUUCUUCCUGCUAAAUUUACAGAAUACAUUCCUGAUAUGGACCAAUCCGUAUCAGAGCAUCUGGCAGAAUGAGGUAACCAUGGUGACCAACACGUGUUUUAUCGCGCACGCGCACUGACUCACGAAAAAAAAUCAUUAGAAAAUGAAGUACAAUGAAACAGCUAUUGAGUGGACUCAAUUUGAACUUUCAUGUAGCAUUUUCUCAUGAUAUCUCGCGGUUUUUGGAGAACUAUACAAUGCAGUGUCGUGUGAUUUCACAUACAUGUCAAAAUAUUGCUGUAGCUUGUACAUGAACGCUUAAAUUUAUCCACAUUACGCUUCCAGUGUCAGACUUGGCUUGUUAUCAUUAGAAUGCUGAUAUUAGAUUGGCAUUGCAUGAACAUAAUAGUAAUCUCAUCGACCACCAGUACUUACAUUUUCAUGCACGCCAUUAACAGGAUUUGAAGUGACGUAUUACUACCCCCUCUGAGCAGCUAAGUUGGAGGGGAUACACAUUGUAUGCGUGCGCAAUGCUAUGGAAGGUGCGUACCGCUAUGCACUAUGCGUUAAUGUCCAUUUAGCUUUGCGAAGUCUGUUUUAUUUUUACAUUAAGCAUAUAAUGGCAUGUAUGUAAAUUGCUAGACAUGUUGCAUUGUGUUUAUACAAUAAUUGUACAGUUUAAAUCAAAGAACAGAAUCUUUACUCCGCUGUUUAUCAUUUUUCUUUCAGUUUGGGCUGUUGAAGACAUAAAAAACCAUGAAUAGACAUUUUUGGUAAUCGAACCAUGAUUCUCCAAUUUGUUGAGGCGACAAAACAAAAUUUCUAAAUGCUGUGAUAAAUUUCAUUCUUUUAUUGUUAUUGUUUAGACAGACAGCAACAGAUAAGCUGGCAUUCAGUCUGAAAUGUUAAUAUUUACUAAUGUGUCCUUUGACAGUGGGCUUGAGGAAGUCGCUAGGAGCCUAUGGGCGCUGGUUAGGGGUGCCAGGGGAGGCUCUCAUCCCCCCUCCUCGCGUGUUCUAGCUUUUGGUGGUGGAAGAGGGUAUAUCUUGGAUGACAUACCGCAUGCGCUUUGAUCAAUGUGUGCUGCCUUUUUCAUUUUUCGUUGUUUUCACUUUUAUACAUUGUACAUUUACAAGAAAAAUUACAUCGAGAAUGACAUUGAUGUUUUAUGCUAAUGGCCGUUAAAUAAUGAGAAGAAGGAAGCAUUCUCGAUGUGAUUUUCCUCUGUUGUGUUGAAUGUCUCACAGCAUGUUACGUAAUCACAGACAGACAAAGGACUAGAAUUUUUUUCAGCCUUGACCGACUAGGGAUGUACGUGUAGUUUUGCCGUGAUUAUUGUGUCAACAUAAAAAUAAUCAAAAUCUAUAUUACUGCAUGACCUCUAUGCAUGAGAAUCGACAGAACUAAUGAAUGCUUGAAUUCUAAAGAACUUACCAAGUUUUAUGUAACUUAACGAUCUCUGAAUUUGUAGAAUUCAUGAAUACUAGCGGAAUACUACCUAACGAUUUUCAUUUCUAAGAUAAUAUAUUAAGAUAAUUUCAUUUUUUAACAUUAUCUGAUUGAUAUUCGAAGAUUUGACAUUUUAGUCGUGAAAGUAGCUAGAUGUUUGACUUUUGAAAGAGCUUUUUUGAUGUCAUAUGACAUUCUAUCAUAAUUGGUGUCAUAUCAUGACGUCAGAAGAUGAUGACACUGGACCUUUUCUCUGUUUCAGUGGCAUCCCGUUUUCGAAUGAAGGCACGCCUAUUGGAGCGAGGUGUUUGGUGAAGCACGCACUUCCCAGAAAUAAAAGCACAAUACAAUUAGUUGUAAAAUGUUUCGAACUCAUUCGAGGGUUUUUCUCUCGCAAUAACUGAUAAUUUAAAAACCACAUACAGAAUAAUAUUUAUUUAAAUUUAUUGUAUUUAUUGCCAGUAUUUAAUGGAAGAUUUGUUUAUAAUUUAUUUAUUUAUAUUUAUGUUUGUAAAACAUUUUGCAACAGAAUAAAAUAUAAUAUUAACAUUUGCACCAGUGUUCCGCUGACUUCACUUAUAGAAAUGACCCUGUCUACACUGAGGGGAAACACAUCGUACGAUGUUAUAUAAUGAUAACUAGCUUAUAUGUUGCUCUCUGUCGAUAUGAUAGUAAACAAAGUUGAUAUGUAAAGUCAAUAAAACCCGCUGUUAUGAU